UUGUCUCUCCUGGAAAUCAUUGGCCUCGGGGGCUGGGCAGGGCCUGGCUCCCUGAUCCCUCCCCGUGGCAGACCUUCGUCCCCACAUCUCCAAGAGCUGUGCCAGGCCAGGGCUUGGGGUGCUGCAGAGAGAGCUCCUGGUCUGGCCUCUCUUCCCUGGCGGAGGUCGAUCCCCUGAGCUCCCAGGGACCUCACACUCUGACUGCUGCCUCCCGUACCCCCAGGCAGAGCGAUCUGGGCAGGGCUGGUCAUCUCAGGCUCUGCGAGGCCAGGCAAUGGCAGUGGAGAACAUCACGUACCAGGGCAUCAAAUUCCCCCCUGCGUAUAACUCUGAGCGGAGCCUGCGCUUCGCCCACCAGGAGUUCCAGGUGCAGGACGAUGAUGUCUUCAAUGUCACCUACCCCAAAUCAGGCACAGUGUGGAUGACCGAGAUCUUGAGCCUGAUCCGCAGCGGCGGGGACCCAGCCUGGAACCGAACCGUCCUCAACUCCACCCGCGUGCCCUGGUUCACUACCCGCCUGGGGCUGGAGUCUGCACUGAGCUACCCCCGACCCCGCCUGCUGACCUGCCACCUCCCCAUCCACCUCUUCCCCACAUCCUUCUUUGGCUCCAGGGCCAAGGUGAUCUACACACUCCGCAAUCCCAAGGACGUCCUGGUCUCCUAUUUCUAUUUCUCCAAGAUGUGCAGCUCAUACGAGGACCCCGAGUCCUUCGAGCAGUUCCUGGGGGACUUUCUUAAUGGGGAUGUGCCCCACGGGUCCUGGUUUGAUCAUGUCAGAGGCUGGAUGGAAAUGAAGGGCAAAGAGAAUUUCUUCUUCAUCACUUAUGAGGAGCUGCAGCAGGACCUGAGGGGCAGCGUGCAACGACUUUGCCAGUUCCUGGAGCAGGAGCUGGAUGAUGGAGCUAUCAACUCGGUGGUGGAGAACGCCUCCUUCAGGGCCAUGAAAGAGAACAAGAUGUGCAACUCGACGCUGCUCCCCAGGGACAUAAUGGAUCAGGACAAGGGCACGUUCCUGAGGAAGGGCAUCUGUGGGGACUGGAAGAACCAUUUCACGGUGGCACAGAGCGAGGCCUUCGACAGGAUCUACCAGGACCGGAUGAGGGGGCUGCCGGAGGCAUUCCCAUGGGAUGCACGCUAGGAAUGAACUGCAGGGAUAAGGCAGAGCAUGGAACCGCAGGGAGCUGGGCUGAGUUAGUAGGGACAAGUGUCUGCAGUGGUUCACACAGACCGUGGAAGGGCAUGGCUCUGGCCUAGCGGGAUGGACCAGUGCCAGGAGCAUUGCCUGGCAUGAGUGUCCUCUGCCAGCACUGCCUCCCACACCCCUUCAUCCCACCAGGCGCCCGAGUCAGCUUGGCCCUAGCCUCCUGGGGCCCAUUGCAUAUCCGAUUGCCCCCGUGAAGGUGUUCAGCUGUAGCCGCCAGCCACUGCAGCUUGCUCUGUCCGUGUCUUCUGGAAUAAAGAUCCCUCGGCCCUG